ACUUCUGAUGCCAAAUUUAGUAACGCGUCUUAAAAUUGGUAACCCAAAUACAGACCAGAUCGAGUGAGUUUAGUCCUAGUCCUAGUACGACUCCCGGUCACAAGAAAAACCGUAAUUCUCCCUUUCUCUCUCUCAUUCUGAAAAAAUCAGCGGCUGCGAUUCCGGCGGCGACGAUGGCGUCGUCGAAGUUAGUCUCAGUCUCGACGGCCAAUUCGGAUCUGCCACGCGACUCCUCUAUAUGUUCUCUCUCCACUCUCAUCGCCGACGUCGACAAGCACAACCACUCCAUCACCAUGGACGACCUCCUCAAGAACAUCUACAACGACCAACCCUCGGCCUCUCCGCCGCCGCCGUCCAUGGACGGAGGAGCCUCCGCCUCGGCCGCCGCGCCGGGGAGGACGGUGGAGGAGGUCUGGAAGGAGAUCGUCGCCGGCGGAGGAGGAGGAGGAGGAGGAGCUGACGGAGAGGACGAGGCCGCGGAGGGGGAGGCGGAUCAGGUGCGGGCGGAGAUGACGUUGGAGGAUUUUCUGACCAGGGCUGGGGCCGUGAGGGAGGAGGACGUCGGCGUGGGACCCGGGGCGGUGGUUCCGAUCGGGUACGGGCAGUUCCAAGUGCAGCAGCCGCCGCCGUCUCAGCCUCAAGGUCAAUUGGUGUACGCAAACAACAACAAUGGAACAACGAGUGGUGGUGGGAGAGGAACGAAGAGGAGAGCUGUGCAGGAGGCGCCGCUUGAUAAGGCGACGCAGCAGAAGCAGAGGAGGAUGAUCAAGAACAGAGAAUCCGCUGCCAGGUCAAGGGAACGCAAGCAGGCUUACACAGUUGAGCUAGAAUCUCUGGUGACGCAGCUGGAGGAGGAACAUGCACGCCUCAUGAGAGAAGAGGUUGAGCAGAAGAAGGAGAGGUAUAAGAAGCUCAUGGAGAAUCUCAUUCCUGUCGUGGAGAAGAGGAGACCUGCACGUGUUCUUCGGAGAGUGCAGUCCGUGCACUGGUAGAUAUGUUACCUAGUAUGUAUUGUGGAAUCAAGUUAUUUAAAGGAAUUGCUUGGAGCUCAGUCAUAUAGAUACUUGGAGCUCAGUCAUGUAGGGUUCAUAGAUACCAAAAGGAAGAGGAGUGGAGAAAAUUAACUGUUGGUAGUUAUCUUUCAGUACUCGAAGUGGACUUGUAAAGAGAUGUGUAGUACAGCUCAAGAUUGAAUUGAUUUUGGUACAGCUAAUGGUGAUUAUACUUCAAUCACAGCAUGUGGUGAAGAUCCUUCUGAUUGUAAUCAGUCUUGUAGAAAAUGAAAAUAACCUUCUGAUUUACAGAAAGCUUGGUUGCCCUUGUACUGCUUGAGCGGCAAGCUGAUAGAAGUAGAGGAUUGACUAAUUCAUACCAAUAUUAUUAGUAUUAUAUGCUAUUUAUGAGAGGAGUUGUGCAUGAUGUAUCACACCAAAAACUUCUGUAGCAUUUGAUGCCUUGAGAAUGAUAUGUAGAACUUCAGCGUUAGUUUUAUACA